UAAUGAUUGGAUUUUUGCUCGAAUUAUGUUCCAACUGUGGCUCAAAUUAUGACUUGAAUUAAUUUUUUAUUUAGGGCUCGAAUUGUCUUCGAAUUAUGGUUAGAAUUGUGUUCUAAUUAGUGCUUGAAUUGUGUUCUAUUUGUUUUGGAGUUCAUCUAAUUUUGGGUUGAAUUUUUUUCUCAGUUUUGUGUUCUGAUUUUGGUCGUCUUUUUAUGGUGUAAGUGAUUUUGGUCGUCUUUUUAUGGUGUAAGUGAAUCAUGAGAUGAAAGUUUUGAUUCGUGACAUUAACAGGACUCUCCAAGGAGAGUGGACUGUUAACUUCAUGCAUUCUCCAAGGAGUGCCAACUGUGUGGCACAUGAUCUAGCUGCUCAUGCUCUUUCCAUGAAUUGCAACACCAAAGCUUAUGGCUAUAUUCCUGAUUGUGCUAGGAUGGCGUAUGAGUAUAACAUAUCUCAGAUUGGUCUUGAGAAGUACCAUUCUAAAAGGGCUGAAGUUUAUAAUCUCAAAGCCCUAACGGCUGAUCAAAUAUUACCCUGCCACAUAUGCGAACCUGUGCCUCUGAAUCAAAUAGGUCCUGUUCCCUUGUUGAUGACACCUCCGGUGGAAAAUGAAGUUCCUGUGCCUCCGGUGGAAAAUGAAGUUCCUGUGCCUCCUGUGGAGAAUGAGGUUCCGGUGGAGAAUGAAGUUCCAGUGGAGAAUGAGACUCCGGUGUCAGUGCCGGUCUCGGAGGAGGUAUUGCCCACAUCUCAACCUCAACCUCAACCUCCAAUAUUGGACCAAUCUGAAGACAUGUCAUACUAG